CGUGACAACACUGUUAUCCCGAGAACAAAAAAGUUUUACCACGUUUAUCAGCAUGUUUUGCAGCCAAUAACAAUUAUUGUACUAGCUUUUCUGGUAAUCUAAUGCUUGGAAGCCAAAUUACUUGGACUGGUGCCUUUUCUUUCCCUGGUUUUUGCGAAACCAAACCUUGGUUUGAUUAUGUGAUAUGGUUUUCUCUCUGCUCUUAUCGACGAAGGAUUUUCGGUGUGUCAUGAGCAAGAAGAUUGUGUCUUUCAACUGUUCUUUUACAGAGCUUUUGAAGAUACUCUGAAAACUUAGCUUUUUUAAAUAUGGAACAGUUCGAAGGAACUCCUAUGGUUUAAGGGCCGGAUCGUCACUAAUUUCCAGAGUCAGCAGCUAUUGUGGCUUGAGACACUGGGAAAGUUCUGACUUUUCUUUCUCUAAGGUGGGUAUAUUUGUGUGAAAUCUUGUAUUUAAGAAUUGGGUUGCACUAAUUUGGAUCGUGUAGGGGUUUUGGUACUUCACCCGCUACCUGUGUAGAUGGAGACAAAUCUCAGAGUCUGAUUGCUUGCUAGUAAACAGGCAUAGAGCUUUUGUUCGUUGUUCUGGUUUCCACUGCACUUGAUCUAAGUCUACCCUCAUUUUAAUGGGGUCUGAUAUUGCUGAAGUAGUGGACAAACUGCCAGACCCUUAUGCUUUUAAGCUGCCAUUAUUAAAGUACAAAGAACUGAAGAAAUUGCUUGAUAGAAUAUCAACAGUACUUCCACUUAUAGAAGCGGCUCAGCCUCCAGGCUCUUCAGGAAUAGAGGCACUAGGCUCGUUAAACGUUGCAAUUGAGAAAGCCAUGCAAUUUUACAAGUCCUGCUCAAGAUCCAGUAAACUUUACCUGGCAGUAAGAGGGAAAACAAUAGCCUCAAUAUGUCAAAGAUCAAAGAAUUUGUUGGAGGAAAGUUUAGGUCAAAUUCAAACCAUGGUUCCACAUGAGUUGGCUGAAGAGAUCUCUCACAUCACGGAUGAUCUUACGGGUGCAAAUUUUACCCUGAACUCAUCUGAAGAAGAGGCUACCAAGGCUGUCAAAAGAUUUCUCCUGCAGAUCGCUUCUGCAUCACACUUAAUGGAAACCUCUGAAAUUAAAGCUCUUCAACUGGCAGCUUCAACGCUUGAUAUCACAUCCCCAGAUGCUAUCCGGAGAGAGAAAAAGUCCAUCAAUAAGAGGCUUGAAGAUAAGUACAGUGACCCAACAGAUAAAGAUACUUUAAAUUCACUUUUGCAUCUACUAAAGAAGUAUGGACACUUAUUCCUGCAAGAGCCAUCGGCAAAUGGCGUUCAGCAUGAAGAAGCGAUUGCUUUUGAGAAGUGCGGACGUAGUUCAACCUAUAGCCAAUCUGUGGAAGUCGAAUCCCAGAUCAGAUGCCAGCAUCAUGAAGUUCAAAUUGACUUCUCAAGUAGAGGUAUACCUCCUGAGGAAUUUAAGUGUCCUAUAUCUUCAAGAUUGAUGCGUGAUCCUGUUGUAAUUGCUUCUGGACAAACAUUUGAGAGGAUGAACAUACAGAAGUGGUUUGAUGGAGGUAAUGAAAUAUGCCCAAAGACUAAAAUAAAACUGGCCCAUUUGUCAUUGACACCAAACACGGCCAUGAAGGAUUUAAUAACAAAGUGGUGCAUGGCGAAUGCAGUCACCAUUCCUGACCCAACUAUGCCAUCAGAAAUUCUUAACUCUUGGGAAACUUCUUCCACUUCCAUUGUUAGCUUUGGCAGUUCUAUGAAUGAUCUACGUCUUCCAAUGGAUCUCAGCAAUAUGUCAGUCGGAUCUUUAGAUUCUAGUUACGCUUUGGAUUCAUCUCAAAGUUACAUUGUGGAUUCAUCACAAAGUUAUGCUUUGGAUUCAUCUCAAAGUUACGCUUUGGAUUCAUCACACACCAUGUCGACAAAAGAGGUGCAAAAAAGCCACUCGUAUGCAAAGAUACAUGAGAUAGAUAUGAAAUAUCUAUCUAAACUGGCUGAACUUCAGUGGCAGAGCCAGUGCAAAGUUGUUGAAGAUGUCAAAAACCAUCUGAAUGAAAGUGACCAAGCAUGUCAUUCUAUGUCAUCUGACAAUUUUGUUAGACCCCUUGUUAGAUUUUUGAAGGAUGCACUUCAUCUGCAUGAUGUAAAAGCUCAGCAAGCUGGAUCUCAGUUGUUGUCGGCAUUUGUGCGCAAGAACAGAAGUGGGAUCUCAUACUUAUGCGAAGAAGCAUUUAGUCUCUUGGCCACUUUUCUUAUUUCAGAAGUAACAGAAGAAGCUCUAGACAUACUGGAAUUUUUGUCAAGCCACCCGCAUUGCAAGGCUAAAAUUGCAGCAUCUGGUGCUUUAACUUCCAUCCUAAAGAUGCUCAACUCCGACAAUAGAGAUUGCCAGGAACGUGCUAUCAAAAUUCUAUGCAAUUUGUCCUCAGAUUGUGAUAUCUGCUCUCACAUUGUGUCUUUGGAAUGCAUCCCAAAACUGGUUCCUUUCUUAGUUGACAGCACUCUUGCAGGAAAUUGUGUGAUUAUAUUGAAGAAUUUAUGCUGUACAGAUGAAGGUAGGGUUUCUAUUGCUGAAACUAAUGGUUGUGUUGCUUCUGUUGCUGCACUAGUUGCAGCUGGUAGUCUUGAGGAACAAGAAAAUGCAGUCUCUGUUCUCCUUUCACUGUGCUCUCAUCGUGUUCAGUAUCGUCAGUUAGUCAUGCGCACGCAGGAGGAUGUCAUUCCUGCACUUUUUGAUAUAUCCGUCAAUGGUAGUGACAAUGGCAAGGUGAGUGCAAGGGGAUUGCUGCGGUGCUUAAGAGAUGUCAAGCAUAAUGAUGAUCGAGAGUGCUCUGGAUCUGAUAUGGGUGCCUUUAGAGACUCUACGAAUCUCUCUAAAGGAAGAAAUUCAUCAAAGGCAUCCGGAUUUCUUGGAAGGAUAUCAAUCUUUUCAAAACCCAAAAAGAAAUGAAACUUGUCUUCAACUCCUUUUAAACUUAAAGAUUCCAGGAAAAAUCGUGUGAUUUGAUGCCA